UGUUUUACUUUUCUGUUUUUUUUUUCUUUUCAGAUUGACGAAAAGCCAAAUUCCUAAGUGCUCUCUGCCGGCGUUUGACUAUUAAUCAAAAACGUAUUACGGAGAUAGUAUUAGCUCUGAACUAGGUCGCAUCCGUCAUAGUCUGAUCCGAAGGGCUCCCUCUAGAAGGGCCUCCAAGGACGCCACACAAUGUCCUCGUUCGAUGUUCACGAUCGUACCGCGUGGUACUUCGGUCCCAUGUCCCGCCAGGACGCAACCGACCUGCUGAUGAACGAACGCGAAAGUGGAGUAUUUCUGGUCCGAGAUAGCACAACCAUUGUGGGAGAUUUCGUUCUGUGCGUCCGCGAGGACUCCAAAGUCAGUCAUUACAUUAUUAACAAAAUUCACACCGGAGACGAUUGCUCCAUGUUCCGGAUCGGGGAUCAGACUUUCAGCGAUUUCCCGGAUUUGCUGACAUUCUAUAAGCUGCACUAUCUGGACACGACGCCUCUGCGGAGGCCAGCCAUCCGGCGGUACGAGAAGGUGAUAGGGAAAUUCGAUUUUGACGGAAGCGAUCCGGACGAUUUGCCAUUCCGGAAGGGAGAAAUCCUGGAAAUCAUCAACAAAGACGAGGAACAGUGGUGGACUGCGAAGAAUGCCAAGGGCCAAACCGGUCAAAUCCCGGUUCCGUACGUGACGCGGUACGAGGAGAACAUCAUCGAGAGGCCACCAAAUUCGACCGGAUCCGGAAAUCACCAUCCGCACCCUCCGCCGCCGCCACCGGUCGGAUUGCACCAUUCUUCGGAUAAUUCCAACGUCUUCAAAUCGAACCUCAACCGACAGCUGCCGGCGUUGGCCCGGGUGAAACAGGAACGCGUUCCGAACGCGUACGACGAGACGGCCCUCAAGCUGAACGUCGGCGACGUGAUCAAGGUCAUCAAAACCAACAUCAACGGGCAGUGGGAGGGCGAGCUGCGCGGCAAGGUAGGUCACUUUCCCUUUACCCACGUGGAGUUUAUCGAUGACGACGUUCAGCACUGGGGCGGACAUUAGGAGGGGGAGGGGCGCGAGGGGUGAUUAGGAUCAUUUAUUUUCCUUUUAUUUUAAUUUCAUUGUGAAGAUAUAUUAUUUAAAAUUGUACAGAUUACUUUACGCGCAUAGGGAUGUACACGUUUCGAGUCAUUUAUACAUACAUAUAUUUUAUGUUUAGUGGUAUUACAAUCGUAGGCAGCCGUAUUUCAGGAUGGUGUUUAGUUUGUAGGUGUAUUAUAGAGAAGAAAAAAAACAGGAUUAAGUGGAUUUAAGUCAGUAACAAAAAUCAUUCUAAAGUGACAAGAUUGUGAAGCAUCCAAUUUACACACAUUUACAAACAAAGACAGUCAACAGCAAAGCAAGAAAGCCAAUACUAACAAAUAACCGAAAGAGCCAAUUCCAGCUGGAUAGCACUCGACAUGUUGAAGCCAGUUAUUCGAUUGAAAGGCUCUACAACAGAUACCGUCAAGACCGGAAGGGGGUUAUGUAAAAGCGAUCAAUAUAAUCAAGAAUGCAAAAAAGUUAAACAUUUGCCAUUUGCCAAUCGGACAUAUUUUGUUCGAAAAGAGUCUUUCAAAAUUACGUUUCCAAUAAGUAAAACUGAUUGAAGUUAGCGGCUGGCAAGGAAUAGGGUUCUAUAAUACUGCAUAUUAUCUGCAGCUGUAAUAAGGGCAUGAGUAUUCACUCAGGAUCAUGCUAAGGGAGACGGAUUUGAUUCCCGGUAGGUUCAGGAACUUUUCGUAAAAAAAAAUUUCCUUUACUUCUUUGGGUCUUCGUGCCUGCCACAUGAUACACACAUGCAAAAUAGUCAUUGACAGAGGAAGCUCUCAGUUAAUACCUGUGAAAGUGCUCAUAGAACACAAAGCUGAGAAACAGGCUUUGUCCAAGUGAGAACUAUACGCCAAAAAGAAAAAGGUGAGAUAGGGACUGCAUCACAAUCGGCCAACUAAAUGUGGAUAAGCCCGGAGAACAUGUAAGCGAAUAAGUCCUUAGGAACGCAGGUUUGGACGAGGUUCGAAAACAGUCGAGUCGUUUGAAGAUGAAGGAAGGUUAACUGAUACAUGCUGCUGGAUUUUUUGAUUCGUCCACUAUGUGUUGCUGGUGCCAUGGGCCAUGGGCCCAUCUAGCCGAGGCGGUAAACGCACGGGUAUUCAGCAUGACCAUGCUGAGGGUGACGGGUUCGAUUCCCGGUCGGUCCAGGAUCUUUUCGUAAAGGAAAUUUCCUUGACUUCCUUGGGCAUAGAGUAUCUUCGUGCCUGCCACACGAUAUACACAUGCAAAAUGGUCAUUGGCAGAGGAAGCUCUCAGUUAAUAAAUGUGGAAGUGCUCAUAGAACACUAAGCUGAGAAGCAGGCUACCCAGAGAAGGGGAUUCGGCUUUGACAAAACAUACGCACCUGUGGCGAAGUUUACGAUCAUUCAAGUAUUACUAUAGCGAUCAGUGGUGAAUCAAGAGCAGUACUAUGUACAUCAGAUAGACGUGGAAAUUGCAUUCCUCUUACGGCCUCUUGAAAGACGAUAUCUAAGGGGAUAGACAAAAUGAUCGGGACAGGCAAAAUGUUCACUUUUCAAAAAAUGUUCAACUACCGUGGGGGGCCCAUAUUCUGCGCAUCUAAGACUUUUUCAUUUUCAGUCAGCUGUAACAAAUUUCAAAUCGAACCGAUUUGGCUGAAUUUUUGACUGCACAUAGUUAUUAGCUUUGUAAAUGAGGGAAAAAUAUGAUUCUUAUACAAAACACUCAAUUUAUAUGUAAAAUCAUGAAAAUUCUAAAGUGUGUCUCUGUUCCUAAUUCUGCGCACCCUUUUUUGGAAUGUUCCUUAUUCUGCGCACUAAUGUUCCUAAUUCUGCGCACAUAGGAAAAACUCUAAAAAGAUAACAUAUUGUAAUGAGAACAUGAUUCAUAGAUGAAAUUCGAUUGAAUUCUUCAUUUUCAACUUUUAUACGACAUUACGACCAUAUUGGAACUUUGCAUGUCCUCAACAUUGAUACUACCUACUUUGAUUACUGAGCAAAGGGAAUUUUAAUCAUAAUAUACAAAAGGAUGUUGUAGCAUUAUCGAAUACUACUACGUGAAACUUUUUAGUUAUUCGCAUAUGCACAUUUUAGUAAAAUUUACUUUCAUUUCUAAAGGCAAUAUAAACUUUUUCGCCAUGACAAGGUGGCACAAUCUUUGUUUGCAAACUGAGACUUCUUUCUUGUCUAACUACAGGGUUUCUACUGUUUAAGAAAAUUCCAUGUUAACUCACAUCAUAUAUCGUAUUUGACGAAUGCUUGCAUGAAUACAUAAAAUUUCCCCCGAGGCUGAUAGCAAAUGUUUAAAACCAGUGGUUAGUCCGGUCGAACUAUCAGAUCAAAAAUUCAAAAAUCGUAAAUUAGCCUUCAAAGUUCAUUAACUAACUUUUUGAGCCGUAAUUACAUUCACCGGAUUGCUAGAAACAUAGAAUAUCCUAGUUAUAACUAUGGUGGCAUUUAUAUGAUGUUUGUUUAUUAAUUAUAUGUUCAAAACUUAGUGUUGAAAUGUCUGCGCAGAAUUAGGACCACCAUUUUAUACCGGUUCCUAAUUCUGCGCACCUAAGAAGAGCAGGAAGAUUAAAAAAAGAAGAAGAAAACUCAAUUGUUUUUCGCCGAUUCUGAUUCCUCGAAGACAGCAAUACAGGAUGCGCAUGGAAAAGCAGACAUUCUCUUCAUUAUUUAUGUCGCAAAAUGCUUCAGCUCAUGAGACAACUUUUUAGCACCUUCGCUAACGGACACAGAUUUCAGGCAAUUUACAGUACUUGCAACGUCAUUUUAUUUUUUUUACAAAAUAAUGAUUGUUGAUUUGAAAAAUUUUUCUUCACAAACUUUUUCAUUACUAUUGAAGCAAUAUUCAAAAAAUAUAUUUGAAGCUAAUAUUGAGCUAGCGUUCGUGAUUUUGUGGUAUAUUCGAGAAAGUGCGCCGAAUUAGGAACUGCGCAGAAUUAGGGCCGGUCACGGUAACUGUAACUUUUCGAAAAGUGCAUCGAAUAUUCUGAAAUUUAUACUGUGAGUUCAACUACUAGGCUUUUCACAGCUCAUUAUAUAAGUCAUUAAUGGUCAAAAUUUCUUUGCAUUCGGUUCAUUGAAUACGGAGAUAUAACAGCUCAAAUUUGGCUAUUGGAUAAUUAUACCUUUUUCAAGAAUCUUUAUAACUUCGUGGAGAAUAGCCCGAUCUUUUCCCGAUUUGGACCACUGAUACAGUUGAUGAGCUUACAGUAAAAAUUUUAGAAUAUUCGAUGCGAUAUUCGAAAAGUUAGAGCCAGUUGAACAUUUUUUGAAAAGUGAAAAUUUUGCCUGUCCCGAUCAUUUUGUUUUGUCUAUCCCUGUAGUAAAUGUUUCAACGUGAGGGACUAUCGAGCGCGAAUCCGGAGCUGGACUGCCGAUUGAAGAAAUCGUUAUUUGGCUUGAAGCAGUCGCCAAGAAGUUGGAACGAGCAGGUCAAUUCGUACGUGUUACUGUACGUUGACGACAUCAUUGUCUCAAACUCACUGGAUUAUGUAGCGAAGAUCAAAAGGAUGUUAUUUAACCAAACGUUUCGAGCAUUUGGAUUGACAGUGUCAUGGAACACAAAGAAGCAAAUCACCCCAAGUAACAAAUCAGCAACCUUUUAGCUUUUCUUGGUAUUUAUAACGGUUUAAUUGUAGCAGUUGACGUGCUAAUUUGUUUAGAUAGUGCAUUUAUUGAUGCAAAAUUGUCAAGUUUUAUUUCUGCUCCUCAAGAUGUUUUCUAAACCAUACUCAGCCAAACAAUGAAGUCAAAGGUUGCUGGGAUUUAAAGUUUAACUAAAAGAGGUCCUCUAGCCAUUCAUAAAGCCAUCAUAGUAAAACUGGAAAUUAUGAUUUUAAAAUUGCCUUGAUAAAAUACUGCAUAAUACUGUUUUGUUAUUACAAAAGCCACUUUAAAGUUAAUCGGUUUCAGCACAGGGGAAAUGGCAUUAUGUAUUGCUAUCCGGCCUGGGAAAAAGGUUUUAUAAAAUACAUCACUCUGUAUUCAUUUUUUACAUGUUGACAUUGGGAAAGCACAUUUUAAGCGAGAAAUACGAACAAAUUAAUGUAGACGCCCAGAAUUAGGUAUAUUGCUGCACAACUUUGCGUUCUUUUCUCAAAACAAUAUUAUGAAAUAUUGUGUUUCAUCCUUAUUAUGAAAUGCACCGCUUUCCACUAUCGAAACAUACAGGUGUUGAGUCAAUGUCAUACAUCGUCAAAUACUUACGGCCGGCCCGUCGGAGAUCACCGCCACCGGCAUCAUUUAUACGAGAAGCAUUCCGAUACAUAUUCUUGAUUACAAGUUCCCGUCGAGUGGUCCGCGCACUUGACAUCAUAGUACCAGUACGUACAAGAGCCAUACAUACAGACGCAAAUGAACCACAUCAAAUAGCUCACAUAUCAACCAAUUGGGCACAUGAAAACACACGAACGAUGGUAAAGCGAUUAAGAUGUUAAGUAGUCAAUCACGGCUUUCACGGAAUAUAAGGUAUACCGAUCUACAGAUCGGCCUUUUUGGUCGGUUCAAAUCCAUAAAAAUAGUAGAAAAUGAACAGAAGAAAUUACUCAAUCUCAAUUGAACCCUGGAUGAAAUGAAAACACUGCCUCAGCUGUCAAAGUAAUGCUGAAUGCUACUUGGUUAGCAUAAAAGCAGAAAAAUAACUAAACGAUCUACAAGUGACAUUUAAUACAACAGUAUGGCAUCAAUAAAUGCCAAAUCAGAACAUUGUGCUCUUUUUUCGGACUUCUUAAAAGCAAAACAACAUUGCUAAGGAAAAAUACUUGUUUGUAGCACGUCCAUGUUAGUUUCACUUUCUUUGGCUGUAUAUUCUAAUAAUGAGAUCUACUGUUAGCUGACUUUAUGAUGCAACUUUAGGUGAUCAAAAUAUGUAUGCCACAUCUGGAAACACACAAACAAACGAAUAUAAAAAAAAAAUUUCUAAUAAACAUUGUCACGGGGAGAUUUUUUUUUUAAUUUUCAAAAUUAUUUAAAAUUUUAGGAAUUUUAAGGGGGUACUUAGAAUUUCACAUAUUUUCAUGUAUAUUUCACUGAAAAUCUCGUUGCGCAUAUGGAACAAAGGCACUGGCUGAUAAAUACUCCACUUUGAAAACAGGAGAAAACACUUCAGUUAAAAUUUGUGGAUUUGUUUUCAUUUGUUUUUCUUUCAUGGAAACUAAUCUGUCAAAGCCGAAUGAAAUUUAUGAAUUCAAAAAUGUUACGAUAAAAUCAUUUUCUAGUGAGAACAGCUUUCAUCUAGGUAAAGUGGCAUUAUCAUGGCUAUCACAAAAGCCGUGUUGUUUUAUUUUCAGUUUGUAUUUGGCUUUCAAAAGGUCUUCAAAGCAAUGAUCGUGUUACCUUUUUGUUUUGAUUGCGAGUAUAUACAUACAUUUCACAACCUUCUCCAGGGUGGGCCAACUAGACAUAUUCUGAUCUACAAGAGGUUUUGGUGGAGGUUUUGAAGAUUAAUUUGCAGUGACCAGGGUUUUAUCAGUGUUGCUUUAUAACACCCUUGGAGUAAUGCAUAAAACCAAAAUUGUUACUUGGGACAGUAGCUUUAUCCAAGGCUUUAUCCCAGACUGAAGCUGAGUAUAUUUCAUUUAGGCAAGCCAUGUGUAAAGCUAUCUCUGUGUAAUUUACUGCAAGAAUUCGGCUAUAUGUUUGAAUUCAGUAUUUGAAGAGAUCCAAUCGUGCGUUCAGAUAGCAGAGGAGCCCCGAGACCACCGGCGUAUGAAUUACGUGGAUAUUCGAUACAAUUUUGUGGCAAGAUUCGAGAUGGUAUUUUCAAAAUUUUGUGUACAUAGGGUCUGGGACCGUUUGGGCAGGAGCACCUAUUUUGGGCACUUGCUGCUAUAACUCAGUCAAUUUUGAACCGAUUGGCUUGAUUUUUGAGACACGAUCAGCUAGGCACAGUAGCUAGCCAUGUUUCAAAAUUCAAGUCAAUCGGUUUGAAAUUGACUGAGUUAUAGCAGCAAGUGCCCAAAAUAGGUGCUCCUGCCCAAAUGGUCCCAGACCCUAUAUCUAGCAAUGAACAAACCGCUGACACAUUCACGAAGGCGUUAUCAUUACUUCGAAUCAAAUUAGGAUUGUUCGGUUGAGCGGGGAUGUUGGAGUAGCAACCGAGCAACCACAUUACUGCAACAGCAGCAUAGCAACUUGUUAUCAACAAGUUAGAAAAUUUCCAUUCCUUUGUUAAGCUCUAUACAAUACAAUUCAAAACGCUCUUACUGAUUAUUAAUUUGAAUACACGUCUCCUCAAAUUCGCUGAGUAAUGCAUGUUAACCAACUUCCCCACAGAACAGGUAACGAUUCUGCGGAAGUUGGCUUUAGACCUAUUCUGUGGCGUAGUUGGUUAACACGCCCUGCCUAGCGAACUUGAGGAGACGUGGGUUCAAACUCCACCAGAACUACGUGGAUUUUUUUCGCAGUAUUUACAUUCAAUUUGUCCAUAGGCACAUAUUUUGUGCCUAUGAACUUCAGGAGUUACAUUCUUCUACACUGUUUCCUAACUUAGCCAGAUAAGAUUUCCACUCAAGGAGGAGUUCUUCUUGCGACCCUUGCAGACCUCGUAGAGCAAGCUUCUUCCAAAGCCAUGGCUAUGGCGUACCCAAAUGAAGAACGUUGUCGUUUCAAAGCCAUAAUCAAACUCAUUUCGAGUGUCAGGUGGAAGGCGAGUACAACAUAAUUAGUACAGUUAUCGAGUUUCUUGAACAUCAGGGAUGCCUGAACAGUAUUCAGUUGAUGUUCAGUUCAAUUGCUGAGUGUUCUCGUUGAUAAGAUCUCAAAGCUUAGGUAUUAGGAUCCUCAAUGGGCCUUUUCAUUUGACGUCUUAAAUCAGUCUUGGGUCUUUGACGGUUCUGCUAUAGAAAUGACAUGACAAGUCCGUGUCAGCAGCUGUUGUUCAACCGUUGUAAACAAACGCAUACACGCACCUGUCACAUGGAAAGGCUUACUAUCGUCGAUCUUUAAGGUUGGUUUCGACAACUUUAUUACGCACCCAGAGGAAAAAGUGGAUCACAGAUGACACAUAGAAGAAGAUACAGGAUCUACGAAACGCCAGAGACGCGAUUGAGCGUGCGAAAACACGAGGAGCCAUAGACGUAGCCCAACAGCGCUCUUGGGUUCUCUAGAAGAAUGUAAUGUAGACGGAAGAAACGAGCGUGGGCAAACUUUCAAGUCGACGAAGACUGUAAAAACCGGCUACAUGUAACCUCUGCGACAUUACCCGUCGCCUCAGUAAGACUAAGAUGAAUGCAACGAUGCCUCUGAAAGACUUGUCAGGUCUGACCCGGAACAAAGAUAAUUUAGGCCCAAAGAAAUCAAGGAUUUUACCAUUUAAAAAAGGCCCCGGACCAAUUGGGAUUCUGAAAUAGAGGCGUGUGUGAAUUAUGCAGGACACAUUGAGCGUGUAUUGUAUGAACCCCAUCCUUGCUAUGUAUGACAAUCAAUCAGUUUAACAAUUUGCAUUUUACCUAUUGGCUAAGAAUAAUGAGAAUAAAAGUUAAUAAUCAACCGAACAACGACCUCAUCAUAUUCAAUCGUGUUUUCUAAUCAAUGUAUCAUCACUGAAUACGGAAACGUUUAUAUGCGCAAAAAUGAAGAUUUCGACUGAACUUAUUUAAAAAAAAAUCUCGUUUAUGUUUGAAUGUUACGAAUAAAUUAUCCAGAUUUGUAUGCCAAACCGACACGUUCGCAAUGGUUCCAGACCAAAAAAAUCAACUGUCAAUCAACUGGGUUUUCUCGACAACAAGAGUUACUAAUGGGUCCACGCUAAAAACUAAAACUCCGUCGUCGUCAUCGUCAAAACGUGCUUAGAGAGACAGACAAUCCUCAAACUAGUGACCCCCACUGUACGAUCCCUUAGCGACCCCUUCGAGACUAGAGUGAAUUCAAAAGUUUCCUAUUUCUAUCAAAGAGUCACUACAAAGCCCACCUACGAUGAGCAGAUUUAGCUAGAGCUAUUUGAAAUGAUGAUAGCAGCACCUACAUGGUAUAUAGCCAGGCCCGCAUUAAGGAUUGUGGGGGCCCGGGGCCCGAGCGAAUGUGGAGGCCCCUCGGAGAGAUGACCAAAAAUGUUUUUCCUUAUUUUCGAACAGUACUUGAGCAAUAUGAGAAAAAUAAUGCUGAUGUUAGCAACCAAAAAAGUUUUUGUGGGGGCCCCUAAAAUGUGGGGGCCCGGGCCCCCCUGGCCCCUCCUUAGAUCCGGCCCUGUAUAUAGCUUCGAUUGUGUAGAUAUCGGUUUGCAAUAGUUUGGAGUAGACACAUGGUAUGGAUAUGAUCUGUCCUAGGCAGAGUAUUUUUUGUAAUUAUUUGAGAACAGGAAACAGUGUAUUCUAAAUCUUUGUAGAGUGAUGAACACAUAUAUUUUUAUGAAGAUAUUUUGCAGUAAAAAGUGUAGGGAUCUGUCUGUCAUUGUUACUACAUAAAACUUCGUUCUAUUUAAAACUUACGCUUCGCUUUCGUAAACCUCAUCAACAUCCUAAGACAGCUUUCAAACAUUUUGUAACACAUUAAAAGUUUACGAUACUUUUUUGUCAUCAUUAUAAAUGUGGGACAUGAAAGAUGUUGUUGCAAAACUGUAUGCAAAUCCCAUAUUUUCUGUAACCUUAUAUUCUUUGAUAUAAGUUAUAACAUUUUCAUGCAUAAAUUUGAGAACUUGAGGAGACGCAUAAAGAAGAAUUUAUGCAUCUACAUAGUCGUGGUAACCCACAAGUUUUUAUUUCAAUCUUCCCUUUUUCGUUUGCCAAAUAACCCCCAGUUGCCAAUGCAAUGAAGCAAAAAAGUCUAACACACAAACACAAUUAUAACUGUAUGUGCAAUACACAAUAGGAAAUUCGUAACAGAACACAAAAUCCUAGUGAGUAAGUUUUUCUGAAGGCUGAAUCGAACCUAACUAAAUUACCGUUGUGUAAUUGUUUUCUUGAACCGCCAGUUAAACAAAAUUUCCAGCUAUAUCUACAUCCCAUACUAUAGCCGGUUAGUGACGUGUUGUAAAGAAUGAAAUCAAAUGAAAUGACCCCAUUACCCGUUGAGAGAGGAAGUUCACAAUAGUUCUGUCAAUAGUUUAGUUAGUCGGUUGUAAAAAGUCAAAUACACACACACACACAUACAUUCAGGAAAACAAAAGAAUACUGAAAACCAACAUAUAUUUGUAGCUUGUAGAGUUUAGUUUACGCUCCAGGUAAGAAAUUACUACUCUAUAUAUAACGGACAAGAGAACUUUAUUUAAACGAAAUCGUGACAUAGAAGAGAGAUGCAACUAUCUAGAAACAGUAGCAUUGUGCAAGAACAAAGCUCUAGAGCGUUGAGAUAUAGAAAGUGUGAUGAAAAUCGAUAGGCAUCUCGUGGAAGAAUGAAAACGAAACGCUGGAAAGAUAAGUGCAGGUAUUUCAUAUUGUAAUUUUCCAAUUACUCUUUUCGAUUGUAAAAAAUACGAUGUCAAACAGAAAUUCGGUAUUUACCUACCUUAUGGACGGACACGUCUGACCCCGUGGUAAGUACCCACACAGGAAGUAAGCGGAAGAGAGGAUAUGCUAUUAUUAAGUGACAGCUAGCGGUACAAGCCGCUGCAUGCUCGAUGACAACCAAAAGUAAGAUGGUACUACCGUAAAAUAAAGUCUUCAAUCAAAUUGCUUGAAUUUA